ACAAAAGAGUCAGGUGAGACAGAUCCUCAACCAGGUCGAACACAUCAGAGCGCAAGAAUGAAGUUUGAAGAUCUUCUCUCAGAAAUUAAUGGAUUCGGAAGGUUCCAGAAAAUGGUUGUAUGCAUAAAUUUUUUUGGACGAUUUAGUCUGGCCUGUCACUUCCUGUUAGGCAACUUUAUUGCUGUUAUCCCUUCUCACCAUUGCAGCAUCAGCUCUCUGGAUGCUGAUGAGAUCUUUGAGAACCUGACUCGGGAGGAGAGAUUGACUGUCAGUAUUCCAGUGCAGGAUGAUGGGACUCCUGCUUCCUGUCACAUGUUCUCUUAUCCUCAGUUUCAUCUGUUAACAAACUCCUCCAGCCCCUCAGAGGUUGCUGUAGUCCAGUGCCAGAAUGGAUGGGAGUAUGACAACAGCACGUUCAUCAGCACUCUCGCCACAGAGUGGGAUUUAGUGUGUUACAAAAGAGCAUUGAGCAGGUUGACAACCACCAUUUUCUUCAUUGGUGUCAUGUUUGGAGCAGCUGCUUUCGGUAGCUUGAGUGCAAUGUUUGGACGUAAGCCAAUGCUGCUAGUGUCAUAUGUGUUAGAAAUGGGAUUUGGAUUGUGUAGUGCUUUUUCCUCCUCCUUCAUCAUGUUUGCGGUGUUGAGAUUCUUCAUUGGAUUCACCAUUACUGGCAGUGUCAUCAUCUCCACUAUACUCAAUGUGGAAGAGCAUUGAACAUAGAAAGCUGGUGGGGGUGAUUGAAAGCUUGUCUUGGACAUUUCCCUUCAUGAGCUUUCCACUGAUGGCAUGCUUCAUUCGAGACUGGAGAUGGCUGACUGUUGCCAUCUCACUGCCCACUGUUAUUGCCCUAAUCACUUGGUGGUGAGCAUAAAUAAAUCAAACAUAAUCAGAGGUAAGAAAAAAAUAUAUGAAAAUCAUGUAACUUAAUUUGCCCCUUUUUUUAUUUAAAUCGCUUGCAUAUCAGAGUAAAUGCUCCUCUUUGUAAAUAUAAAAUAAUCUGUAUUUCAUAAAUGCAGGUCCAUAUUUAUUUAGAAUUAAAAUUUAACAAUGAAGAUGAAAUUGAAGUGCAGACUUUUAAUCUUUAAAUCAAGGGGUUGAACACAAAUGUAACAUAACGUGCUUAUACACAAUCUGUAAUUGGACUAAUACAUAUAGUCAUGCAUAAAAUGUUAAUUUGUUACAUAUUGUUGUUGAGAACCCUUACAGGCAAUGACUCCUUUACACCUAGAACUCACAGGCAUCACCAGUUUAUUUGGGUUUCCUAGUUUGUGAUGAUUUGCCUGAUCUUUAUUGCAACUGACCUGAGUUAUUGUUUUGACUUUAACAAGUGAAAUGCAUGCUAAAUUAAGUUGAUAUCAGGACAUUGGCUUAGCCAUUGCAGAAGAUUCCACUUCC